AUGCCGCACGCCGACGCAUCCAACUUCUCCCCCACGCUCAGCAAAUCCGAAGCCUACGAGCAACUCAUCUCUUCACUAACCGCGCUCCUAAUCGACCAACGCAACUGGGUGGCCAACACGGCCAACACAGCAUCCUUACUAUGGCACCUCUACCACAGCUUCCCGUCGACCUCGCCAUCCUCAGCCGUCAACUGGGCUGGCUUCUACGUGCUGGACCCGACGGACCCAGCAGGCCAACUGAUUCUUGGCCCGUUCAUGGGAAAGGUCGCGUGCCAGACCAUCAGGAUCGGACGUGGUGUGUGUGGUGCUGCGGCUCAAGGGACUGGGAGGACCGUGCUCGUCAAGGAUGUCGAGGCCUUCCCGGGCCAUAUCGCUUGUGAUGGCGACAGUCGGAGUGAGAUUGUAGUGCCUAUCAGGACAGGCGGCAAGGUUGUCGGAGUGAUCGACAUUGAUUGUGCGGAACUCGAGGGCUUCGACGAGGAGGACCAGAAGAGUCUCGAGGCCAUUGCUGAUCUGUUAGGGAAGUCGAGUGACUGGUAG